AGCCCAGCCCAGACGAAGCCGCGAGAAACCAGAUCACGCCCUCCCCACCCUCGGCAGUCGGCACCACCGAUCCCCUUCCGCUCCGCCGCCGCCUCUCCUCGUCGUCGCCGGUGACGAUGAUUCCGCAGAGCCAGAGCAGCUCCCUGCAGCGUCUCCACCACGUCGAGAAGCGGAUAGUGCGGGUGCUGGAGCUUGCGGGGGCGGUGAUGGAGGAGCUGGGAAACUCUCAGGGCCCCCGCACCGAUGCAGUCGGCGCGCACUGCCGCGAGUUCAUGCUCGCUAUGAAGGAUAUUCAAACUACUUUGCGUGAGGAAAUCAAGAGUGCUUGUGAAUAUCGUCCAUUUGAAAAGUGUGAUUACAGCGCAAGGAUUGCUAAUGAGAUAUGUUGUAAGAAGCUGGAGUAUGUAAUCGAGAAGUUGGAUACUGUGCAUCAGAACCUUGAGCAGAGUAAUGAUGAUGUUUAGCGAGCUGCCUACAUAUUGGUUUGGGAGCAACAUAUAUCUGAUCGAGCAGUAAAUGGAAGGAACAUAGAAGCUUUCUAUCAACUUAUAAUAGCAGGAAGCUUUGCCCAACUCUAGGACUUCAUCUUUUGGUUUGUUUGUAGUGCAUUCUUCGGGGACAGGGUUCUUAGUUACUGAUGCCCAGUAGCAUAGGUCUUGGCUCGAGAAGAAUAGGAGUAAAAUCCCUGGGCUUAAAAUGAGGGAUGUUAAUGCACUGUAUUAACUGAUAAGAAUUUGCUCUUCUGUAUCACAUACACUUGCUUCAUCCUUAGAACAUGCCUUUUCUUUAUUGUUAACGCGUUCUUUUGUGCUGCUGAUGGUCUGUCAUCCACAGCAUUUGAAGUUCAUCAGGUUUUAACUGCUGUUAAUACUGUGA